AUGGCCGUUUCGGGCCAAAAUAUCGAAAAUUUAGUUCAAAAAUUACGUAGUUCUUCGCUAUCUACGUUAAAAAAGACAUUAUCAAUAGUUGCUAAGAUAACUAAGAGGUCGAAUGAAGCCGAAGCAUUUCGAAAAAAUGGUGGUUUGGCCGGACUUUUAACUCUUUUAAAGAGACCAAAUAMUUCAAUCAUUGAUAUGUCCAUGAGUGCUAUUGCCAAUUGCUCUAUGUUUCCUGAGUGCAAAAAAGAGAUACGUCAGUUGGAUGGAAUACUUCCUAUAGUUUCAGUAUUAAAGAACCUCAAAUCAACUAGCAUCCUGAAUAGAACAGCACGAGCACUGGCCAAUUUAGCAGAAGAUGAGGCAAACGCYAUGGUCAUUGAAGAACUGGGUGCUAUUGAUGAACUUGCUAAACUUCUUGAUGAGACAACAGACACUGACUGUCAGCAGUCUCUUCUCAGAGGUUUAAAAAUAAUGUGCACAACUCAAGCUCGAAAAAGGACAGUUGUUGAGCAAGGUUGUCUCAAAACUAUUGUUGAACUUCUGAAAAGUGACAAACCAGCACUCCAGAGCUGCUCAAUAAAAACUAUUUGUGAACUGACAAAAAAUUGCCCUAAAGAACUGGCUCUCCACAUACAAGAAUUUGAUGGAAUAAAAGAGAUUGUCAAAUUGGCAAACAAUGAAAAGCAUUCUGUUUGCUCUGUGGCUUUGUUGUCCAUAGUUAACCUUUGUGUCCAUGCUCAUGUWCGUGUCUCCAUUGGYAGUGAAGGUGGGAUAAAUAUUCUUUACCAGCAGGCCAAGUUAARCUCUUCCARUCACAUGAACCUUACCUUAAAGGCACUUGAAGGACUUUGCUAUUGYUGCAGAGAAGCAGUCAACAGGAAUAAAGUGCUUGAAUGUGGUGGCAUUGAACUAUUGUUGAAGCAYUUUUCAAAUCCAGAACAUACCUCUCUUCAGAGAAAGAUCAUCACUGCAUUCAACUGCUUCUAUUACAAUGAAAAGUGUCUGGAGUAUUUACUCAUUGGUGGUGUAGUGCCUGCACUCUUGUCUUACCUGAAGAAGGUAAUACAAACCAGCCAUGUUGUUGACCACUGUGAUGACUACAAUGAUCACUUUGAUCAGGAAAGUUUCACUUCAGACUUCUCCAGUCCAUCUACAUCUCCACGGACCAUGCCAAUGGAAUCAUCAAACAUCUCCCUCAAUGAAACCUUUUUAGAAGAAGCUGCUAGCCUAGCUAUGGAAGUGAGAGAYGCUAAAGAAAGUAACAGAGUACUGACAUUCAAGAGGAAAGAACGCAACAAACAACCAUCAACACCAUCACCAAGUGUCAAGUCUAUYGACCAGUCAUCUUCAUUAUUUAGCUUUUCUUCUUUAGAUUGUACAACUGAAACAACAUCUAUGAUCAGCACUUGUACAAUUUCAUGUAGAAAUGCUGCAACAUCGCCAUUUAUUCCAAUUCAUUCUCGUCCUAGAACUUUGAUAAGUUCAACUCCAUCACUACAAAAAACCUAUUCGAAAUGUUCCUCACCAAAUAUUCUGACAACUUUUAAUCUUGAUGAAAAGAGUGAAAACGAAGAUAAACUUGCUGUWGAAGGCUUGUCACCUGUAUCUCUAAACAACACCACAAAAUCUGGGUUUGUGUCUUCAAUAGAAACCACAACAGCAUUUUGCUCUAAURUUUCGCCUUCAUCUCAACCUAGCAGUAGCACAAAGUCUUGGUUUGUGCRACCUGUAUUAGAAAGUCCAAAGGCAGUUGGUUCACAUACAUGGAAUGAACCCAGAACAGUUGGGGAAUGCUCACCACAAAGGGCAGUAAUUCUCCCUCCUUUGUCUUCGCCUAAAAUAGAUGCACCCUUAGUUUCCCAUCAUGCAAUUCAUGGUCCUGGGCAUAGUGCAUUGGUUUUGCUAUCAAGGUUCUCACAGAUGAGUGACCAAAAGGGCUUACAUUACCUGCUAACUAAGCCUUGUAUARAGGUKCUGCUGGAUUACUUGUCUCUAGUUGAUAACCCRAGCCCAAAGUGUGCACGUUUGCUGAAUAACCUCACUCUGGACCCCCAGUGCUUUGAGAGUUUUGUUGGCAUGGGUUUGGCGUGUGAUAUACAUCGACAGCUGUGCUGGGGCUGGACAGAUUCUUACUGUAGUGAAGGAAGGAUGUCAACUCAAGAAAUUGUUGAAGGAAGUGCUUUGAAUGAAGAUCAUGUAACAGAGGCAUUGAUCUUUUCUCAAAUUCCGGAAACUUCAAUUCAAAGAUGUGGAGGGAUUGGCAGRAAGCUCCUUGAUAACCUGGCUUGUCAAACCCAGACACCAUUUUGUAAAGGGGUUUUGAUGCAUCAAUUGUCMAAGGGAUCUGGUGAAGAAUUACUUGGUUGUGUAGUGACAUUACCAUUCAUGUGCAGAUCRAAAAGGUUGCAGAAUCAAAUGCUUAUAAUGAAGGGAGGUCUAAAACUUCUUUGUGAUGCACUCCUUAAUGCAAGUAAUGACAAGAACUUCGCCAAGGCAGUUUACUCUUUAUCAGUUCUAAGUGUUGAAACUGAACUGAACAUUACAAUUCCAGCCAUAGUGUCAAAACAUAGUUCAUUAAUUGAAAGCCAAGAAAGYRUCGUAACUGAUKGCAAAGUGAAUAUUGGAAAAAGAAAACUCUUCACUGAAUUAGAUAAGAGAGAAGAUAGCAAUGUGGAAACAAGUCCUAAAAGACAGAAAUUAACCAGUGAAACCUGCAAGUAUCACWGCAAUGAUUAUGGACCGUAUGAUAUCCAGUUGGAGAUUGACACUGGUGCAAGAAUUCCUGUCCAUCGCAGUGUACUAUGUAAAUCAUCAGACAUGUUUGCUGCCAUGUUUUCAUCAAACUACAAAGAAGGUUCAAUGCCAGUUGUGCAACUCAAGGAAAUUACCCACAAUGCACUUUGUCUAGCUAUUCACAAAGCAUAUGGUUGUUCAUUUCCAUAUUUUCAAGACUCAGGAUGCAGCAAUGUUUGUUCACAUGUCACAGAAAUUGUGAAUUCCAUUGCUUCAGAUGCAAAGUUCAAUCUUUUGAUAGAUGUUCUAGCAACAGCAGACAAGUUUCUGAUGUUGGAGUUAAAACAUUUUUGUGAAAGUGUUUUGCCUUCAUUUGUCAAUGAAUCAAACUUGGUUUCUCUCUGUUUGUGUGCAGCACRUUAUCAAUCCGAAGCACUCUGUGCCUUUGGAAUGAAAUUUUUAAUGCUGAAAGUCAAGGAUCUUUCUUGCCAGUAUAACUUAGCUAAACAAGUUUGCAAGUCAGAAGAAAAGACAAAGUUGGUCAACAGUUUGUACGAAACUCUUUUACAUAAUUUACAAAAGARAAUUUGAUACUUUUAAAAUAAAGGCACMACUCACUCAGCAGACUUAAACAGUUGAAAUACACUGUGAGAAAUUAUAUUUUCAAACAAAAAAAUUAAUGCAAAAAUAUGGACGUCAAGCAGUGACCUUUUAUUUUAUUUCUUUGGAUCUGAAGUGAAACGUCUGAAGUUACUGCUAAAUAUUAUUUAUUCACAAAGAAAAUAGGAAUAGAAUGCAAAGUUUUUUAUUGUUCAAAUUCAUAUCAAAAGCAAUAAUAAAAGCUAUAGAUCAAAUGAA